AUGAAGGUCUUUUCCAACGCCGUCACCUUCAACUACUCGUGGGACGAGGUAUCGUCGGCCAACUGGCAAAAGUACGGCCCCUGGAACAACAAGUCGGAGCACGUCAUCGCCGUCGACACGCUCUCGCGCCGCGUCGACCCCACGACCGGCAUCCUGCGCACCGAGCGACUCAUCGCGUGCCGCCAGUCGGCCCCGGACUGGCUCAAGUCCAUCAUGGGCGCCAAGAUGGACGAGAGCUACGUAUACGAGGCGAGCUACGUUGAUCCGGCCACCCGUACCGUCACCAUGGUCAGUCAGAACUUGACGUGGAGCAACCUCGUCAGCGUUCAGGAGGAAGUUGUUUACCGCCCCCUCGGCGACCAUCAAACCCAGUUUACCCAGACGGCCAACAUCACCGCCCUCUGCGGCGGCUGGCAGCGCAUCAAGAACUCCAUCGAGGACACUCUCGUCACUCGCUUCAAGGAGAAUGCCGUCAAGGGCCGUGAGGGCUUCGAGCGUGUCCUCGAGAUGAGCCGCAUCGUCUUUGCUGAGGAGCGUGCAAAGGCUUUACGCGAAAAGGUGGCCAUGUAA